AUGGUAUCUCUUUUCAUGGUCAUUUCGGGGUAUGCUAUUUCCCUUGCCCUCCUCAGGACCCGUGAUAGCAGUGCAACUGGUGUUCCUUUCUUUCGCCAUUUGUCCUCAACAGCAACUCGCCGGAUUUUUCGCAUUUACCUGCCUUCCACGCUUGUGGUUGUCAUCUCGCAAUUGGUAUUCUUUCUGGGGACAUUUCAACUAGAUUCUCGACUCCCCGAUCAAUUUUGUGCUGGUUUGAAGCCUUUAUCGACCCCAUGGUACCAUACCAAGUACGCUUUCUGGACCGUUCUGCACUCUUUCGAUAUAAGCAAUCACGGAGCGGAUAUGAAUUUCAAUACCUACCGACCAGAUAUAAUGAAAAAUCUCAGUACGCAUCUGUGGACCAUGCCAGUGGAGUAUCGCGGGUCCUGCACUGUUUAUCUUUGCAUCUUGGUGUUCUCAUUUUGGAGACAAGGGCCUAGGCGUCUCGCCAUACUGGCUGUCACUUCAUACUGGUUCUACAUUGGACAAUGGGAUCUUCUCUCAUUCAUCGGAGGGCUGUUCCUCGCAGAAUUACACGUCGCCUCCGAAAACCCCGAGGCGGACGGUGAGGUUCAGCUGAGCUGCGAUGACCAGACCAAAGACAACUUUGCAGCCUGGAAACUCUUUAUUACGUCGCCACAUCUCCGCUUGAUUCGCACCAUUAUAUGUUUUGUUUUCGGUGUUUAUCUUCUUUGCAUUGCCGCCGAACAGGAACUAUCCAUCGAGCACCGGUGGCUUCUCUACAUUCAGCCCGGGUACUGGGAUAAUCCUGAAAUGAUGACCAGGUCUUGGAGAAGCGUGGGUGCUUUAAUCGUCAUUUAUGCAAUCAGCCAAUCCUCCUAUCUUCAAUAUCCGCUCAAUUGCCGACCAGUGCAAUAUUUAGGUAAAAUUUCCUUUCCACUCUACCUUGUCCAUCCAACCAUCUACAACACUAUCAAAAGGCCACUUCGAAAUAUUCUGUGGGGUCUUAUCACGCAACAAACCUACCCUGGGACUGAAGAAGCCAUCAACUACUCUCUAUUGUUUGGUUCAGCUUGGGGGGUUGCGACACUUGUUUGUGCUGUCAUCAUGGUCGUGGUCGCACAUUUCUGGGAGAUGUAUAUUGACAAGAAAUGCCUUCAGCUAUCUCGGAGAUUUGACAAAUGGGCUAGUCAGUAG